GUGCGGGCUGGGGGCCAAGGAGGGCCGGCAUGGCCUGAAUGCUGGAGGCGCCUCGGCUCAGCAGCGGGAUUGCGACAUGGGGAACCAGGAUGGGAAGCUGAAGAGGAGCGCAGGUGAUGCCUUGCACGAAGGCGGAAGCAGCGCCGAGGAUGCUGUCGGGCCCAGAGAUGUGGAAGCCACAAAGAAGGGGAGCGGGGGCAAGAAGGCGCUGGGCAAGCACGGCAAGGGGGGAGGAGGUGGCGGCGGGGGGGAGCCAGGCAAGAAGAAGAGCAAGUCGGAAUCCAGAGCCUCAGUGUUUUCCAACCUGCGGAUCAGGAAGAACCUGUCCAAGGGGAAAGGCACCAGCGGCUCCCGCGAGGAUGUGCUGGACUCCCAGGCCUUGCAGAUCGGGGAGCUGGACAGCGCGCACUCCCUGGUCACCAAGACCCCAGAUCUCAGCCUCUCUGCAGACGAGACGGGCCUGUCGGAUACCGAGUGCGCUGACCCUUUCGAGGUAACCCGUCCAAGUGGCUCUGGACCCACCGAUGUUGGGGUUGGGGGCAGGGUGGUCUUGGGGGAUUUGGAAGCUGCUGCAGGGGUGCAGGAUGGACAAAGAACCAGUUCCGGCUCGGACACGGACAUCUAUAGCUUUCACUCGGCCACGGAGCAAGAGGAUUUGCUCUCAGACAUCCAGCAGGCGAUCCGCCAGCAGCAGCAGCAGCAGCAGCAGCAGCAGCAGCAGCAGCAGCAGCUGCUCCAGCGCCCUGAGAAGCCUGCAGCAGCCCCCACAGCCGCCUCCCCCCAGCCCGGGGCCUUCUUGGGCCUGGACCAGUACCUGCUGGGCACGAGCAGCGCAGCCGGGGAGGCCCCUCGCAGUCCCGACACGGAGCAGGCUCGGUCUACGCUGUCUGACCUGCCUCGGAGCCUGGUCACCGAGCCCCGGGUGCCCGAGCAGCCUCCACCCCCCGGAGCCUUAGCUGUGCCUGGCCUGCCGGUGGGCCAGCCUGCUGAUGCAGACUCGCCCUCCUCCCCGGCCUUCCGGUUCCCCGAGUCCUCACCAGCGGAGGAGGGCGCGGCCAGAAGCCCCGGCCCAGGGGUUGGGGACACUGAUGAGGAAGGCGAGGAAGACGCUUUUGAGGAUGCCCCCCGAGACUCUCCAGGGGAGGCGUGGGGCCUGGAGGCGGGAGAGGACCCCCCGAGGCCGGGGGCAGAGCCCGAGGGGGAGCCCGGCGGGCCCGGCGCCCUGGCAGCCGCCUCCCUGCCGGGCAGUCCUGCGCCCAGUCCACGCUGCUUCAAGCCCUACCCGCUCAUCACUCCCUGCUACAUCAAGACCACCACCCGGCAACUCAGCUCGCCCAAUCACUCUCCGUCGCAGUCUCCCAGCCAGAGCCCCAGGAUUAAGAGGCGGCUGGAGUCUUCCCUGAGCCGGGGGCCCAGGGCUGCCCUCGUCUCCGCCGCCGCUCCGCCCAAGAAGCACCGGGCUGACGGCGGCCUCACCUGCGGCCUCAGCCGCUCAGCGGACUGGACAGAGGAGCUAGGCAGCCGCGCGCCCCCGGCCGGGGGCUCGGCGCACCUACCGGAACGCGAGGCUGCCUCAGAGGGGGGCGGUGGGGUGCCCCCCGUACUGGCAGCCAAGGUGUCUGGGGCGCCGGCGGCUGCAGAUGGCUUCCAGAACGUGUUCACAGGGCGAACUCUGUUGGAGAAGCUGUUCAGCCAACAAGAGAACGGGCCUCCAGAAGAAGCAGAGAAGUUUUGCUCCCGGAUCAUUGCCAUGGGUCUUCUACUUCCUUUCAGUGACUGCUUCAGGGAACCAUGUGAUCAGAACGCCCAAUCAAGUUCAGCUCCAUUUGAUCAAGAUCAACUUUACACCUGGGCUGCAGUCAGCCAACCCACUCACUCACUGGAUUACACAGAAGGGCAGUUUCCCCGACGAGUCCCACCUGUUCGGCCACCAGCUACACCUCCUGAUGAAGAACACAGGUCUAAGGAUGUUGAAACAGAAUCUCAGUCUGCUGUUUUGGAAACUCCAAAAAAAUGUUCAGAUGCUGUUCAGCAGGAAGCUUUUGACAUGAAGUCUGAAGGACAGGCAACUGUAAUUCAGCAGCUGGAACAGACCAUUGAGGAUCUGAGGACCAAAAUAGCUGAACUGGAGAAGGGGUAUCCUGCCCUGGACGUGGAGACGGCCAGAGGCCGUCAUGGGGCUCAGAAUGGAGGUGCGCCCUUAGAAGAUGUCUGUCUUGAAGCUCUCAGGUUAGGAGAAAAGGAUGUACGUCAUCAAAGGAUUUUACAGGCAAAGUCAAUCCAGACAUCCCCGACAGAAGAGGGUGGGAUACCAAUACUGCCUUCUGUGAAUACACUGCCAGAGUGUCCUCACCACCCACCUGGGGCUGAAAGUGGAGACUCACCUGUGCCGUCCUCACCUUCCGGACCUCAGACAAAAUUCUGUUCGGAGAUUUCUUUGAUUGUGUCUCCAAGGCGAAUAUCAGUACAGCUCGACGCACAUCAGCCCACGUUGCCUCCACCAUCUCCAUCCCUCCUGAAGUCUGACAGUCAAAGACAGGCCGGGUCACAGCCUUCCCAUCCUUCUCUUCAUACUGAGUUUGAAACCAGCCAUGAACACUCUGUUUUCUCUUCCUUUGAAAACAGCCAUAACGUCCAACCCUCACCACCUCUGCCUUGCACAGAGUCUUCCAGUUCCAUGCCUGGUGUAGGCAUGGCAGCUCCCCCACCUCCCCUUCUCCCUGGCGCAACGAGACCUGUUCUUCCCAGUAUAGCCAUCCCCCCACCUCCUCCUCUGCCUGGUACAGAAAUGUUACCGCCCCCUCCUCCACCUUUGCCUGAUGAGGGAAUACCUCUUCCCCCUUCUCUUCCUGUAGUGGAGAUACCUCCUCCCCCUCCUCUGCCAGGUGAGGGAAUACCUCCUCCCCCUCCUCUGCCAGGUGAGGGAAUACCUCCUCCCCCUCCUCUGCCAGGUGAGGGAAUACCUCCUCCCCCUCCUCUGCCAGGUGAGGGAAUACCUCCUCCCCCUCCUCUGCCAGGUGAGGGAAUACCUCCUCCCCCUCCUCUGCCAGGUGAGGGAAUACCUCCUCCCCCUCCUCUUCCCGGUGUGGGAAUACCUCCUCCCCCUCCUCUUCCCGGUGUGGGAAUACCUCCUCCCCCCCCUCUUCCCGGUGUGGGAAUACCCCCUCCCCCCCCUCUUCCAGGUGUGGGAAUACCACCUCCCCCUCCUCUUCCCGGUGUGGGAAUACCCCCUCCCCCCCCUCUUCCCGGUGUGGGAAUACCCCCUCCCCCCCCUCUUCCAGGUGUGGGAAUACCACCUCCCCCUCCUCUUCCCGGUGUGGGAAUACCACCUCCCCCUCCUCUUCCCGGUGUGGGAAUACCCCCUCCCCCCCCUCUUCCAGGUGUGGGAAUACCCCCUCCCCCUCCUCUUCCUGGAGUGGGAAUACCUCCUCCCCCGCCUCUUCCUGGAGUGGGAAUACCUCCUCCUCCCCCUCUUCCUGGAGUGGGAAUACCUCCUCCCCCGCCUCUUCCUGGAGUGGGAAUACCUCCUCCCCCGCCUCUUCCUGGAGUGGGAAUACCUCCUCCCCCUCUCCUGCCAGGUGAAGGAAUACCUCCUCCCCCUCCUCUGCCUGGAGUUGGGGUUCCUCCACCUCCUCCUUUGCCAGGUAUGGGGAUUCCACCUGUUCCAGCUACCCUGCCAACUUCUGGAACAGGCAUUCCCCCACCCCCUCUGCUUCCUGGAUCAGGCCCUCCACUCCCCCCUCAAGUUGGAAGUAGCACUUUAUCAGCACCGCAAGUGUGUGGUUUUCUUCCUCCUCCAUUGCCAGCUGGCUUGUUUGGAUUAGGGCUGAACCAAGACAGAGGGAGUAGGAAGCAGCCAGUAGAGCCUUGUCGGCCCAUGAAGCCUCUGUAUUGGACGAGAAUUCAACUGCAUAGUAAAAGAGACUCCAGUGCUUCACUUAUUUGGGAAAAAAUUGAAGAGCCAUCCAUAGAUUGUCAUGAAUUUGAGGAAUUGUUUUCUAAAACUGCCAUGAAGGAGAGGAAGAAACCUAUUUCUGACACUAUCACAAAGACCAAGGCUAAACAAGUGGUCAAGUUAUUAAGCAACAAAAGGUCACAAGCAGUUGGAAUAUUAAUGUCUAGCCUUCACUUAGAUAUGAAAGAUAUACAACAUGCUGUUGUGAACUUGGACAAUUCUGUGGUUGAUCUGGAGACCCUUCAAGCUCUCUAUGAGAAUAGAGCACAAUCAGAUGAACUGGAAAAAAUUGAAAAGCAUGGCCGGUCCUCCAAAGACAAAGAAAAUGCCAAGUCUCUGGACAAACCUGAACAGUUCCUUUAUGAACUGUCACUAAUCCCCAACUUUUCAGAACGAGUCUUUUGUAUCCUCUUCCAGUCCACAUUUUCAGAAAGCAUUUGCUCAAUUCGUCGCAAACUGGAAUUGCUACAGAAAUUGUGUGAGACAUUAAAAAAUGGCCCAGGGGUUAUGCAAAUUCUGGGUUUGGUUCUUGCUUUUGGCAACUACAUGAAUGGUGGAAAUAAGACUCGAGGACAGGCAGAUGGCUUUGGGUUAGACAUUCUUCCGAAGCUGAAAGAUGUUAAAAGCAGUGACAAUAGCAGAAGCCUUUUGUCAUACAUUGUCUCCUACUAUCUUCGAAAUUUUGAUGAGGAUGCUGGAAAAGAACAGUGUGUUUUUCCACUGCCAGAACCUCAGGACCUUUUUCAGGCUUCACAGAUGAAGUUUGAAGAUUUUCAAAAAGAUCUCAGAAAACUAAAGAAAGACUUGAAAGCCUGUGAAGUUGAGGCGGGGAAAGUAUACCAGGUAUCCUCAAAAGAGCACAUCCAGCCUUUCAAAGAAAACAUGGAACAAUUUAUUAUUCAAGCUAAAAUUGACCAAGAGGCAGAGGAGAAUUCGCUGACAGAGACUCAUAAAUGCUUUUUGGAGACUACAGCCUAUUUCUUCAUGAAACCAAAAAUUGGAGAGAAGGAAGUGUCCCCAAAUGUUUUCUUCAGUAUCUGGCAUGAAUUCAGCUCUGACUUUAAAGACUUUUGGAAGAAAGAGAACAAACUCAUUCUACAAGAAAGAGUAAAAGAAGCCGAAGAGGUGUGUAGGCAGAAAAAGGGAAAAUCACUUUAUAAAAUAAAACCAAGACAUGACUCUGGAAUUAAAGCAAAGAUAAGCAUGAAAACCUGAGCAAUGAAAAGCAAAAUGAACAUGAGUCACUGCAACCACUUCCGCAACAUUCAGCUGACCUGAGGGUGGGAAGGAAACUAUACCAUUUUGUUCAUUUUUCCUCUUGACCUCUAGCAUAAUCUUUGUGUUUUCUAGACAGUUCACCAAUUGUUGAAUUUUACUGUACAUUCAUAAAAAUGCAAAAGCAGUAGACCAGUGGAGAAUUUGACACAUUUUCUUUUUGUAAAGUUUAUGGUAUAAUAUUGAUAGACCAAAACAGCAUGUAUAAGAGGCAAUAUUUGCAUUAAUGCUGAACAUGCUAAAUGUUAACUUACAAUUUACUUUUGUGAGAAUAUUCCUUAUCCCAGCAAAACAUUUUCCUUUCUACUGACAACCAGUACUCCAUUUCACUGCAUUUAGAUUUAUGGCUAAAAUGUUAUUUCUAGUGAAUUGUUUGUAUCAGUUUCAUGUCUACAUAUAAAUUUUCUAUUUUAAAACUUAAGUACCAUUUAUAUAUCAUAAUCAAGGCUUCCCCAACUCUUGGGUUGCUCUCCAUAACUAUAUAUUUGUGAAAGAAGAUUAUCAUUUUUUUACUCAAGUAAAAAAUAUAGCAAAAGGAAAGCCCUUUCCUAUAAGUCAUUUAAUAUAGGCAGAAAUCAGAGUAUUAAGUUUAAUGAGGGUUUUUAUCAGCCUGUGUUCUUUGAGACCGUACAUAAAACUAAUCUUCAGCUAAAGUAAAUUAAAGUUGUGCCUCUCUAUAAUGUUACCAUUGGCCUUCACAAAGAAAAUAUGACUCAAUAUUUUGAAGGAAUUUAAAUAAAUGAUGUUCAUAAAAUUGCCAAACAUGACUAAUUGUUGGCAAAAAAAAGUAAGUUUUCAGGUGGAUUGGCAUCUGUUAAUUCACGUACCUGCCUGAGUGUUUUUACAUGAUUAGAAUCAUCUCUAUGUGUUACAGCAGGUGAUUAAAAGCUAUAAAAUGAGUAUGUAAUGAUUUGUUACCUGAAGGAGCCUAGGAAAGGAUUUUAUUUUAUUUCAAGGGGGAAGAAGAGUAAAUCUCCCACUCUUUGUGAGAGUAUUUUAAAGUCAGCUCAAGAUACAUUGUGAUGGCUUUGUCUAAUAUUAAUAGGUGGUUUUUUUUUUCUAAUUCUUUUAAUGAUAUUUGUUGGGGCUUAUCGAUGUUGAUAAAGGGGAGAAUUUCUUGCUAUCAGAAACUAAUUAUGGAAAGACUUAAAAAAGAAAAUGUCCUGAAUCACAACUAUGUUUGCAUUUAUGUAAAGUAUGGUCUUUUACCUUUUAGUUUAUAGUUUAAGUGCAAAGAAACAGUAGUGGACUUGGUUUGUUUUCUAGUCUUCCUGUCUCCUUCAGUCCCUCCAAUGUGUAUAUUACCAUUCUUCACUGUAAUAAUAGGGCAUUUAACAAAGAUCGCUAUGUGCAAUACUGUAUUUAGUGUUUCUAUUUCAAUUUUUCUAGGAUGUUAAUUUAUAUGAAAAUAAAAUGAAU